CACCACAUCACUCACUCUUGGUCACCUUCCCACUCAUCAUCCACUCGGCACCACCAUGUCGAAUGCCCAGCCGCACGCGUGCCCGUGGCCGGGGUGCAUGAAGGCGUACAAGCGCCUCGACCACCUCGAGCGGCACCAGAAGACGCACUCGGGCGACCUCAACUACCGCUGCCAUGUAUGCCACAAGCAGUACUCACGCAGCGACGUGCUCAAUAGGCACUUGGUGCAGACGCAUGGCGAGAAGGCCGCGAGAGCGGGCCGGCCACGGCGCGCGGCGUGCAUCGCAUGUGUCGACGACCGCGUAGCAUGCGACGGCGUCCCGCCAAAGCGGCCCGUGUCGCCCAAGCUGCCGUGGAUGGACUCUGCCGGGAGCGGCAGCAGCGCCGCGCCCGCUGCUCCUCCCGCGGUAUCAACACCGCUCGCGAGUCUAGUAGCGCUAGGCGACGCGGCGGAAGCCGUGCCGCGCGCGUCGACGUCCCCGCUCGCGUCGCUCUGGCCAGCGCACGACGCAGCAGCCGCCGCGGAGCCAUGGCUGACGGACUUCAUCCUCAGCGCGACCGGCCAGGCGCCGUACCUCGCCGGCCCGUCGACCGUCGACUGGGGCUUCCCAGACCUAGCAGGCAACAUCUUCGACCCGAUCGCGACGCGCCCGCCGAGCCCGAGCGCGCACGACGAUCUCGUCGGCGCGCUCCUCCCGUCCGAGGUGGACGGGGGCGAGCCGCGCGCGAUCCCGGACAACGGCCCGCGGGACAGCGCCUGGCCGAACGUGUACAAGCCGAGCGGGGCCGACUCGGCGCUGCAUCUGCCCGAGGCGGCCGCCGCGCGCGAGCUGCCCGAGCUCGCGGACAGGGGGAAGAACGUCACGAGUCAGCAGAGACACAUGAUGCUCACCCUGUCCAUGCACGCGCACUCGGCCAUGUGGGCGCGGCCCGACCUCGGCAACUUCCCCUCCGAGGCGGCCAUCAGCCACGGCGUCAACCUGUACCUGUCGCGCUUCGCCACCUGGCUGCCAGUGAUCGACUCGCCGAGGGGGAGCUUUCUGGUGGAGAAGGCGCCGGCGUUGCUGCUCAAGGCCAUGGCUGCAGUGGGGAGCGUGUACGCGCGUGAUGGGUUGGAGAGGCUAGGUCUGCCCCUGGCUGAGCUGGUACGGCGCGACGUCGCCUUCAUCUGCGAGCACGACCAGCGCUUCAUCUAUGAGCUCGCCGUCGUCCAGUCGACCCUGCUGCAGGGCUACUACGCCCUGUUCAGCGGCACGCCCAAGCUCUUCCAGCAGGCCGAGGUUGUCCGCGCGUCGCUUGUGACCGCGUGCAAGCGCAUGCACCUGCUCGACGCGAGCAUCAGUGCCGUCGGGCACGUGUCGCGCGAGGGCGGGUCGGAGAAGGAGCUCGAGCGGGCGUUGAAGCAGGACCAUCGGUAUCGGAGGCUGGGGUGGGGGAUUAUCCUCCUCGACUGCCAGCUCGCAUGCCUCUUCGGCGUGCCCGCCCAAUACCCCUUUACGGAGAUUGCAUGUUCCCUCCCAACACUGGCUCCCGACGCAGGCCCCCAAACGUCCUUCGCGCAGACCAUGUCCUCCCUCCUGGAGAAGGGCACGCUCGUGCCCCAGCCGCUAGACGACAUAGCGUACAGCUGCAUCUCGUACGCGCUGUACCGGCUGUGUCUGGACGCUGCGAGCGUGCAGGCGUUCAGUCAGAAACGGAACGAGGCGAGCAAGUACACGCUGAGUGUGCCUGCGUACGAGAUACACCCACAAGCCCUCCUCGACCAGCUGGCACAGCACACGCUCCGCUCCGCCACGUCCCCGACGCACUUGAUGGUGUCGUGCGCGGCACUAGCAUACCACUCGCACAUGCAGUUCACGGAAGUCGGCUUCCUGGACCAGGUGAAGAUCGCUGCCGGACGAGCGGGACAUAACGAGGCGCACCAGGACGCCGCGCGCCGCACGCUCGCGGGCUGGAUGCGCGCCAACCCCUCGGCGACGCGGAACGUGUUCGCGAAUGCCGCUAUGCUGAGCUGUCUCAUGAGCCGGUUUAGUUUCGACACACCCCCAGAAGUCGUGUGGACGUUCGACGCGGCACUCUGCAUGUGGGCCAUCUUGCGGCUCUCGGACAUCGCGACCGCCGUGCCCACCGCCCCGCCACUCACGAUCUCGUGGUCGCCUUCCCCCGAACUCGAGGGCUGGAUCGAGCACGGCGACGGCGCGGUCAGCGUGCAGGGCUUUGGGCGGAGCGCGCGCCCGACGUCGUAUGCCGUCCUGCAGACGUCGGCGGACCGGCUGGAAGUCAUGAGCUGGGGGUUGGCGGCGCGGUAUCGCACCGUGCUGCUUGGGCUCAUUGCCGAGGACGACGCGAGUUAGAAGUAGCAAGAGAUGCAUGCGUUGCAUCGAG